AUGGCCGAUCUCCCAACUGUACCCACCCACGACCGAUACACCCCCUCCAUCUCUUCCACCGAUUACAAAAUCACCACACCCGCCACCAACGACCGUUCUCUCCAUACCGAAAAUACCGACGCAAACCCGCUUGUUUAUCCGCGAAAGUUCGACCUCGCAACCGAUACCGAGCUGUAUGUUCAUGAAAACCGCAACAUCCCUCGAUUAUUCUUCUACGAGCCCGGGGAAGAAUUGCAAAUCUCCAGAAUGAAAUUGAUUACCGAGGGUCAUUUUAUCGGGCAUCCGCGGACUUUGGUUUUCAGUGUAGCGGGGGCUGUUAGUCCGUUAAAACGUGAUGAUUCUCAUGUAAAUCUCGGUUUUGAUUUCCCCUCUUCAUCAUCCUCAAAUCAGAACACAGAGGAGAAAUUCCAAGCAGCUUAUUCCGUACACUUUGGACCUAAAUCCCGGUAUAAUACCACGGGUAAAGUCAAGGAAACGGGGAGCAAAAUAGAGAUGCAGAAGAUUGUCGAGUUGGCAGCAGCAUGUGAGGCAUUGGAAUUUGUGGAGAUGGAAUGUAAAAUGAGGCAUCCGGGGUUUGAAGAUGUUAGUGGGGAGAUUGCGCCGGGAGGUUUGGUGGUGGGUGUUACGAGUAGUACAAACUUGUGGUAUGGGAUUACGGAACAUAUUUACAAAUGGAAACGCAACGAUUUCCGUAAUUCCAAAGGGAGCAAAGUGGUAGGCGAAGAAUUAUGGAAGAGGUUUGAUGAAUGCAUGAAUCGAUUUGAAUACAAUCAGACGAGAGUGGCCUGGAUAUUAUGCGAGAAAGAGGAAAAUGAGGCGGAAGAAGCGGCUUGGCGGAGGGUCACGGAUACUUCAUUGUGA